AAAACUAAGAUUUUGCGAUAUUCCUAUGACGAACGGUGUCGAAGUAGGAACGACAGCGAUAACUCGAAAAGUAAAAACGAAUUCCGUGGCGAUAUUGUAUCGCUUUAUACAGUUAUUCGAUAUUUUUCCUCUAUAGGGACCAUUUUUCAUUCACAUAUUAUAUCUGGUCGAGUUAACUCGUUGAAAAUUAAGUCAGUGUUCUUUCCGUAUCGUAUGUAAAACUUAUCGACCAUUCAGUUGUAACUUGCUCCGCGAAAAAAUGAGUUGCCCGUUAAAUAGAAAUAGCGAUCACGCAGUCGGGGAAGAAAACCUAUGCAACCAUGAGGCUGGUAUGCUGUAUGGCGAAUACUUAAUGCUGGAUAAAAUCUUGUCUGCCCAGAGAUUGCUGAGUCAAGAAAAUAGCGAUCCUGUUCACGACGAGCAUCUCUUUAUAGUGACACAUCAAGCGUACGAGUUAUGGUUUAAGCAAAUCAUAUUCGAGCUGGAUUCUAUCCGCGCAAUUUUCAGCGAAGUGCUCGAGGAGACUCAGACGCUGGAAAUAUUGAAAAGACUCAACCGUAUCGUACUGAUUCUUAAGGUGUUAGUAGAUCAGGUGAUGAUUUUAGAGACUAUGACGCCCCUGGACUUCAUGGAUUUCCGGAACUACCUUAGACCAGCGUCCGGAUUUCAGAGUCUUCAGUUUAGACUGCUGGAGAACAAGCUGGGGGUUAAAGUGCAGAACAGGGUCAAAUAUAAUACCAACUAUAUGAAAGUCUUUGGACAUGAUAAGAAAGCUUUGAAGGCACUAAACAUGUCGGAAACUCAACCGCCUUUGUCGGAGCUGGUUGAAAAAUGGCUAGAGAGGGCACCCGGAUUAGGACCAGGAGAAUUUGACUUUUGGAAAAAGUUUCAGGAAGCUGUCGAGCAACUCCUAGAUGAGCAACGCGAAAUUGCCGAGAACGAAAAAAGCGAAGCCGUUAAGAAAUACUUGCUUAACGAUGUCAGAAAGCGCGAAGAAGUGUACGAAUCGAUUUUCACUAGGGAAAUCCACGACGCCCUGAUGAUGAGAGGCGAGAGACGAUUCUCCCACAAGGCUUUGCAAGGAGCUAUUUUAAUCACUCUAUAUCGAGACGAGCCCAGAUUUAGUCAGCCCCAUCAAAUACUAAAUUUGUUGAUGGACAUAGAUUCUUUGAUCACGAAAUGGAGAUACAAUCACGUCCUGAUGGUUCAAAGAAUGAUUGGAUCUUCUCAGUUCGGUACAGGUGGUUCGUCAGGGUACCACUACCUACGAUCGACUCUGAGUGACCGUUACAAAGUUUUCGUCGACCUGUUUAAUCUAUCCACGUUUCUUAUCCCGAGAGCAUACAUUCCUCGUCUCAGCACUUCUAUCAAACGCCAGCUUUGCCUAUGGCAGAACGGAGACGAUUCUUCUGAUGGCGAAAAGUUCGAUAAAAAUGUUUAAUCUUAUUUAGUAUCCCCUCUUCCACUAUUUAUUUGUCUAUUAAGUUUAUUAGAUUGCUACCAGCUUAGUAAGCGAUUUUGUCAACUUCUUUACGCAUGCAUACAUACCGUAUGAUUUGGUCCGCCAUGGUUGCAAUACCUCUACCUCUCGACUACUAAAAGUAUAAAUAAUGGCAUAUGUUUGUUGCUACGCUUGUAAACUUAUUAAAUAUUUAUAACAUAGAAAUAAAGC